GCGGCUCCAGGGGUGCGGGCGGAGCGCGGCGCCGGCUGCUCGGGAUGCGGGUGGCGGUGCUGGCGGUGCUGGCGGCGGCGGCGACGGCUCUGCCCCGCCCGGGGCUGCUCCCGCACGGCCCGGCCCGAGGCGAUGCUCGGCUCCCCCCCGGCGACGACGAGAGCAGCCCCGGGGUCCCCCUGCGCCGCGCCCCGCGCCUCUUCGGCAGCGCCGCCCGCCGCCUCUACGUGGGCACCAAUGGGGUCAUCUCCACCCAGGAUUUCCCCAGGGAGACCCAGUACGUGGAUGACGAUUUCCCCACAGACUUCCCUGUCAUCGCUCCCUUCCUGGCCGACCUCGACACCUCUGGAGACAGAGGGAACAUCUACUACCGGCAAGAUGACUCUCCAGCCGUGCUGGACCAGGCUGUGGGCUACAUCCAGGCUGGAUUCCCCCACAUAGCUGGUUCCUUUGUGCCCACCAAUGCAUUCAUUGCCACCUGGGAGGAUGUGGGUGCCUACCAGGAGCUCUCGCAGGACACCGAGCCCUCCAAGAAGCUCAACACCUUCCAGGUGGUCAUAGCCUACAAUGAUGAGGACACCUACACUAUCUUUCUCUAUCCUGAUGGUGGCCUCCAGUUCCUGGGGACGCGGCCCAAGGAGUCCUAUAACGUCCAGCUGGAGCUGCCAGCCAGGGUGGGCUUCAGCUGGGGGGAUGGCGAUGACCCGAAGAGGGAUGGGCUCUUCCACAGCCUGGCCAGCAGCGAGCAAGCUCUGAGGCACCUGGAGCGGGAGAGCAACGCAGGGGUACCCGGUGUGUGGGUCUUCCACGUGGGCAGCGUGUCCCCCCUGGAGCAUGUGGAGCCAGGAAUCGGCGGAUGGGGCAGCCCCGGAGUGCCGCAGAGCCCCGUGCAUCGUGACCCUCGCGUCACCAACUACGCCCGCACACUCUACAGCCACGUUGACCAGACAUCCACAGAGCUGCUGGCGCAGCACGGCUUGGAGGCCACAUUACCACAUCAUGACCUUGAGUCCCAUGCCCCUGCUCUGCUGGACGUGGUCCCUGAGGGGCUGCCUUUGUCUCCAGGGCAGGAACGGAGCCGCCGGUUGCACCCUGAUGGGGACAUCAGUCAACAGAGCUACUCCCCCAACCCUUCCUCCUACAGCUCCGGGCAUCACGGUGUCGGCGUGGACGAAGACGUGCAUUUUAACCCUGACGUGUUCACCUACAAUGCAGGCAGCAAGGAGACAUGCGCCCAGCACCACGGCCGCUGCUCCCCGCACGCCUUCUGCACCGACUACGCCACCGGUGUCUGCUGCCACUGCCGGGCCACCUACUACGGCAACGGGCGGCAGUGCCUCCCUGAAGGGGCCGUGCAUCGCCUCAACGGGAAGGUGAGCGGGAGCCUGAUGGUGGGACAGGCGUUCGUCCGCUUCCAGGACGUCGACCUGCACACCUACAUCGUGGGCAGCGAUGGACGAGCCUACACAGCCAUCAGUGGGGUCCCCCCGUCCGCUGCCCGUGCCCUCCUGCCCCUUGUGCCCAUCGGUGGGCUCUUCGCCUGGCUCUUUGCCCUGGAGGAGCCCAGCUCCGAGAACGGCUUCAGCAUCACCGGUGCCGAAUUCACCCAGAGCCUGGAGGUGACCUUCUACCCUGGGGAGGAGAAGGUCCACGUCACUCAGACAGCUGAGGGCCUGGGGCCGGACAAUUACCUAAGCCUUAAGACACACAUCCAGGGACAGGUGCCGUUUGUCCCGGAAGAUGUCACUGUCCACAUCACUCCCUACAAGGAGGUCUACCACUAUUCCAGCUCAGCAGCCGUGACAUCCUCUGCUCAGCGGGAGUACAUCCUGGCCUCAGGAACUGCCAACCAGACCUUGUCCUACCGUCUGCGCCAGAACAUCACCUUCACCGGCUGCCCGUACGCCCGCCUGCCCACCCGGCAGCGGCUGAGCGUAGCACGCGCCUUCGCCCUCUACGACAGCCAGGAGCACGUCCUACGCUACGCCCUCGCCGCCCGCAUCGGCUCAGCAUCAGAUGGUGCUGAGAACCCCCUGGUGAACCCAUGCCAUGAUGGUACGCACACCUGCGAGGUGACAGCACGCUGCCAGCCCGGCGCGGGGAUAGAGUACACAUGCGAGUGUGCAGCCGGGUACCACGGAGACGGACGGGGCUGCCGAGAAGUGGACGAGUGUGCAGAAGGCCUGAGCCAAUGUGGUCCCUUCACCAUCUGCCUGAACGUGCCGGGAAGCUACCGGUGUGAGUGCCGCAGCGGGUACCGGCCAGCUGAGGACGGGCAGUCGUGCGUGCCGCUGGUGCCGGCGAGUGACCCCUGUGAGGAUGGGAGCCACCCCUGUGCGCCGGGGGACCGGGCACGCUGCCUUCCCCGUGCCGGCGGCCACCCCGCCUGCGAGUGCCUCCCUGGAUACAGCGGCGAUGGCAUCAACUGUGCCGAUGUGGAUGAGUGCACUGAAAACCCGUGUCACCCAGCUGCCGUCUGCUACAACGUGCCAGGCUCCUUCUCUUGCCGAUGUCAUCCUGGCUAUGAGGGUGACGGCUUCCAAUGCACACGCGUGGAAGGGAGCUCGCAGCGGCUGACGCCGUGCCAGCACGAGCAGCUCUACCCACGAGCGGUGCCACCAGGACCAUCACCCGUUGGCAAUGGGCACGUGCCCCAAUGUGACGAGGAGGGUCGGUACCGGCCCCUGCAGUGCCACAGCAGCACCGGACACUGCUGGUGUGUGGACACGGCGGGACAGGAGAUCGCCGGCACGAGGACAGUGCCGGGCAGCACGCCGCCUCGCUGCGGGAGCCCAGAGUCCGUGCAGCAGCUGACGCCCUGCGAACACGAGCGGCUCUACCCGCGGGCGGUGCCACCAGGACCCUUGCCCGUUGGUGGUGGCCACAUACCCCAAUGCGACGAGGAGGGUCGGUACCGGCCCCUGCAGUGCCACAGCAGCACCGGGCACUGCUGGUGCGUGGAUGCGGCAGGACAGGAGAUCGCCGGCACGAGGACGGUGCCGGGCAGCACGCCACCUCGCUGUGGGAGCCCAGAGCCCACAGAGCGUCCCCACACCAUGUGCGAGCGCUGGCGGCAGAGCCUGUUGGAACACUACGGAGGCAGCCCCCGCCACGACCAGUACGUGCCACAAUGCGAUGCUGAGGGGAACUUCACCCCACUGCAGUGCCACGGCGACAGCGGGUACUGCUGGUGCGUGGACGAGAACGGCAGGGAGAUUCAAGGCACGCGCUCGGAGCCCGGCAGCACCCCACCAUGUCUCCCCAGCGUCGCACCACCCAGCGUCCGGCCCUCACCCAGGCCUGAUGUGUCCCCACCAGCCACGGGUACCUUCCUGCUCUACGCUCAGGGACAACAAAUUGGCUACCUCCCUCUCAAUGGCACACGGCUGCAGAAGGAGGCGGCGAAGACCCUGCUCUCCUUGCAUGGCUCCAUCGUGGUGGGGAUCGACUAUGACUGCCGGGAGAAGAUGAUCUAUUGGACUGAUGUGGCUGGUCGGACCAUAAGCCGGGCGAGUUUGGAGGCAGGCGCUGAGCCAGAGACCAUUAUCAACUCAGGACUCAUCAGCCCCGAGGGACUGGCGGUGGACCACCUGCGCAGAGCCAUGUUCUGGACCGACAGCGGCCUGGAUAAGAUCGAAAGAGCUCGGCUGGAUGGCUCUGAGCGGCGAGUGCUCUUCGACACAGAGCUCGUCAAUCCCCGAGCCAUCGCGGUGGACCCCGUCCGAGGCAACCUUUACUGGACGGACUGGAAUCGGGAAGCACCCAAAAUCGAAACUUCGACUGUCAACGGAGCCAACAGAAGGGUCCUGGUGAAUAAGGACAUCGGGUUACCCAAUGGCCUGACGUUCGACCCCUUCUCGAAGCUGCUCUGUUGGGCAGAUGCAGGAACGAAGCACCUGGAGUGCACAUUCCCAGACGGCACGGGCCGGCGCGUCAUACAGAACAACCUCAACUACCCCUUCAGCAUCAUCAGUUACGCCAAUCACUUCUACCACACGGACUGGAGACGGGAUGGUGUGAUAGCAGUCAAUAAAGAAACCGGCUCCUUCACUGAUGAGUAUCUUCCAGAGCAGCGAUCACAUCUCUAUGGAAUAACUGCCGUUUAUCCCUACUGCCCUGGAGCAAGGAAAUAGGAACGGCGAUUUGCACCCAAAAGAACUUCAGACCAAGAAACUGUCACUGCAUACAAUAAAGGGGAAAAGCCCUUAACCCAGGAAAAUGAAGCGACCUACUUCCCUGCAAAAGAUUACCAAGUAUUUUAUGAAGUUAUACCUCAAGUCUUUACUACUGUAUUUUUUUAUAGUGAAAAACAUUGCUAUAUUACAAAAAAAAACCCACGAAUGGCCCUGUGACUCUCAGGCCGUUCCUCUUAACUCUUGCUUAUGCAAGCAAAUUUAAAAUAUAGCUUUCUUACUCAAAUGUUUUAUUUUAUUGGAAGAACAGAUUUAAUAGUUUUGACAAUCUGACCAAUGGGUCCUUUUAUCCAAAAAGAAGCACCUAGGGGGGAGCUUUGGAUGCAGUAUCUUGCUGGGUGUAAGCGAUCUCCAGCCUUGAAGACCAAGACUGUGUGUCCUCCAGCAGUGUGCAAAGCAGUGAUGGGAUAUGGCCAAAGCAUUGAUGUCUUUCCAGAAGACAAUUCCCUAUUUUCACCACUGCCUCCAUGCAUGUCUUUUAGUAUUUAUAUUAGAAGAAUACGCUAGAAUUGAUCUGUUCACGCGUGUUGGUUCUUCUAAGUGCCUUCUUCAUAGACCUACCCAGCGUAAACCAAUACGUGUUCAGAAAUACCAGUUAUGUUGUAAUGCUUCACAUUUUUCCUAGGUUAAUUCAAUUAUUGAAUAAAAUGGUUUUCAGUUUC